AUGUUUGCGAUGCGGGCGUGCCGCAGCAGCAUCAUGAUUGGCAAAGCGCUGUCGCGGCGCCAGAUGGCAUCGGUGCUGUCGCACAUGGGCGAGAUGGACAAGCCGUGGAACUGUCCGCACGGGCGUCCGACGAUGCGGCACCUUUGCAGUCUGGGCGCCGCCUGGGACAAGAGUGGUCGCUCCUGGGGCGGCGGUGGUCCAGACGUCGACGACAACCUGGAACAGGGGGACAACCAACCCAUCCACAACACCGAAUGGGGUCGUUUUCUUAGGAAGAGAAGGCGAGCUGCCAAGACAUGA